CCUUUGUCUAAGAACAACUGUGCAACACUGCUACUCGUCCGGUACAGUCCCACCGAUUUUUCCCCUUUCUCCUUCAUUUCCUCCGGCUUGAAGUCUCCACUUUUGUUCGUUUUGGUCUUGCUUUCUGUUACUCCCCUAAUUGCUCAAUCAUUGGAACCCUAAAGUGGUCUCUCUCAAAUUCUUCAUCUCCGCCUGUUUAUUACGUUUUCAACCUCAAUUUCCACAUAGAUCGCGCUCGCGCAUCGCUUCUGCUGGGUUUAUGCAGGUUAAAUUCAUCAAUGACAUAGCAGCUUGCUGCUCGGUUGCAGCUCUGACAGAGGUACGGAGUUCUGAGUGCUCCUGGGCGUCGUACGGAGUGUAAUUGUGUGGUUUGAUUUCUCGCGGGGUAGGGUUGUGAUUUGUGAUGGCUGCUGCGGUAGUGCCGGAGCAGUUCCCGGUUGGGCUCAGGGUGCUAGUAGUUGACGACGACCUUCUUUGCCUCAGAAUUCUAGAGCAAAUGCUUCGCAAGUGCAAGUACAAUGUGACCAUUUGUUCCCAAGCAACUGCAGCAUUAAACUUAUUACGGGAAAGGAGAGGCUGUUAUGACAUUGUGAUAAGUGAUGUCCAUAUGCCUGAUAUGGAUGGAUUCAAACUUCUUGAGCAUGUUGGGCUGGAAAUGGACCUUCCUGUUAUAAUGAUGUCAGCAGAUGGAAGAACUAACCUUGUCAUGAAGGGAAUUCGACAUGGGGCUUGUGAUUAUCUGAUUAAGCCUAUACGUGAUGAGGAGUUGAAGAAUAUCUGGCAGCAUGUUGUUAGGAAGAAGUGUAAUCUAAGUAAAGAAAAUGACCAUUCUGGCAGCUUUGAAGAUAAUGAUCAGCCUAAACAGGGAGGUGAUGAUGCUGAGUAUGCUUCUUCUGUUAUUGAAGGAGCUGAUGGAGUCUUGAAAACGGUGACGAAGAAAAGAGAUUUUAAAGAUGAUGAUGAUGAUGAUGAUGAUGACGAUGAAAUAGAAAAUGAUGACCCAGCUACUGCAAAGAAACCACGUGUGGUUUGGUCAGUGGAACUUCAUCAACAGUUUGUUAGUGCUGUUAACCAACUUGGGAUUGACAAGGCUGUACCUAAGAGAAUCCUAGAAUUAAUGAAUGUUCCUGGUUUAACAAGAGAAAAUGUUGCUAGCCACUUGCAGAAAUUUAGGCUUUAUUUGAAACGGCUGAGUGGAGUUGCUCAACAACAGGGUGGCCUUCCUAAUUCCUUUUGUGGACCAAUUGAACCAAAUCCAAAUCUGGGUUCUUUGGGGAGAUAUGAAAUUCAAGCACUAGCAGCCUCCUGCCAAAUUGCUCCACAAACUUUGGCAGCUAUUCAUGCUGAGUUUUUAGGGCGACCUACAAGUGGUCUAGUUUUGCCAACAAUUGACCAUCCAGCUUUGCUACAAGCAUCUCUGCCAGGCACAAAAUACAUUCUUGAUGAUCAAGCUGUGGCUUAUGGUCAGCCUCUGAUGAAGUGCCCACCAAACAUUUCCAAACAAUUUACUCAACAUUUGUCAACAGAGGAUAUUCCUUUAGGUGUCGGAGCUUGGCCCCCAAAAAAUGUUUGUGUGGUUCCCAGUGUCAAUCUUAGUGGUUUAGGUGCUCAAAAUGGUAAUAUGUUAACAACAAUGAUGCAACACCAUCAACAACAGCAAAAACAGCAACAAAUGGAGCAGCAUCAGAAGUUAUCUACUAUUCCAGAGUCCUGCCGUCCGGUUAAUGUGCGGCCCUCAUGCCUAGUGGUUCCAUCUCUGUCUUCAGCCAAUUUUCAAGUCACAAAUAGUCCUGCUUCAAUCAGUCAGACCAGCAGUUUUAGCAAAAGUAAUGUAAUGGAUUCUAGAAUUCUUUCUCCACAAUCAGGCUCUCUCUCUCCAUCUGUCUCAUCAUGCUCUACGAUUGCUGACAACAGUGCUAGCUGGCAAGUUCAGAACUCAGCGUGUAUCAUUGGUGCUUCUAGACACGUGGCAGGUGUUGUACCUAACAUUACUGGCAUCCCUGUUCCAGACAAUCACAAAUCAAAUCAAUUGCUUGACCAGGGACCUAUUAGGAAUCUUGGGUUUGCCAGUAGAGGAUCAUCCAUUCCUAGUCGCUUUGCUAUUGAUGAAUCUGAAUCACCACCAAUAAGUAACAUAUAUCAUUCAAGAAUCUAUAAGGAAAGCAAUACAUGCAAAGUGAAGCAGGAGCCAGAUGUGAAUAUUGCUGACAAUGCUAAAGUUAGUGUCCAAAUGCUGCAAAGAAUUCCUCCAAAUGACUUCACGAGUGUUUUUCAGUGAUUAGGGUUAUCCUUUCUGCUGUAAGGUGUCCGAUGUUGCUUUGAAAUUGUAACCUUCAAUGCUAGGGAAGGUCCCGAAGGAUUAGGAAAGCACUUGCUCGUGAUUUGCUUGUGGUAAUAGAAUCCAUUUUACAAUCACCUGCAGAAUAAGGGUAAGUAAUAGUUUUGGCCUUGGUGUAUUUAGUGAACUGAUAUUUAGGAAGAAGAUCAAUGGCAUAAUAGUGUCCAUUGGGUGCAAGUUUCUGGGUAGGUUCUACAAAUAUUGGGGCAAGUAUUUAUUAUUUUGCCUGCCUUAGUAAUAUUUAGGGAAUAAGUCAAAAGAUUAUGUAAGAAUAUUCACAUGACUGCCCCUUUUGCUUUUGUAAUUGUGUAGUGGGCUCAUUCAUUACUUGUGCCCAAUCCAAAUAGUGUAAUUUUUGGAUUUAUGUUAUUUUUCGAAAUAUAUUUGUGUAUAGGUAUGUUAAUGUUA